UUAUACCAACCUACAAAACCCCAGGUUGUAGCGGAGAUGCCGCCGUCGUCGUCUGCCUCAAGUUCUUCUCUCUUCGCCAUUGUGCCCCUCCACGGCGGUGGCGCGACCAGCCGCCACGCCAUGGACGCCUGCUACCUCUGCGGGAAGCCGCUCCCUAGAAACUUCGACAUCUUCAUGUACAGAGGGGACACGCCAUUCUGCAGCGAGGAGUGCAGGGCUGUGCAGAUCGACACCGACGAGGUGCGCGAGCGGAUCAAAACCAAGAUCCUGAGGGAACGUGCUGCGAGAAACGAGCACCGCCACGGGGCGGCUGCCUCCGAGCGCAGCAUCACCCCCGCGGGAAAUGUGCCUGUUGCAAGCUAGGCUGUGCGCUCAAGGAAGCAUGCAUCCGCCCCAACUUCAUCAGAAAUAAUAGGGGCAUGGGAUAUAUUAGCCAUCCGAUCCGACGGAGAAACUCUUCUGUUUGAAGACUGUCUUCCGGUUGAGACGAGCAAGCAAGCUGGGGUUUCUUUCGCUUAUUAGGUGCUCGCAUUUCGCGUGUAUAGACGAGCUAAAGAAUGCACAAGAAAACUACUGUGCGUGUGAGCGUCGAUAACUUCGUCUACCUCAGGUGAGGACAUGAGGUGAAACAAUGCAUGUUGGAAAAUAACGGGA